CUUCACUUCCGGUUUAAACCAACAUGGCGACAAUUGGUUCGGCGACGCUUCCAAAUAUCAGGGAGUUGUUUUUACGGUUAAAUAACUCAAUUCCGGGAAGUUGAGUGGACGUUAAAAUGGAAAUGCCAUUCUGAAGUUUCAAGUCCACUUCCAAUGGAAGCUCUCAAAUAGUUGAGGCAUGCUGGCUCCAGUCUGAUCCAAGAACACGAAAGUUAUGGAAAAGUUUGGGAUGAGUUUUGGGGGCGGUCCCAGCCGGAAAGAGCUUCUAGAAGUUAUUGAGAGCCAGAAGAAGCAGCUGGUUCAGUACCAAACCCGCUUCAAGGAUGUUGUCUGUGCAUACAAGAGUCUGUUGAAGGAAAAGGACGCCCUUGAGGCCAGUCUGAAGGUCUUGAGCGUGUCCCAAGAUGUUAAUCAGAACCAGGAGUCUUUGGACGGGGCGUUGGUCUUAGAGGAGUAUUGUAAAAACGUAUCCGGUGACGCUCCAGAGCCCGGUAAAGAAGUGCUAGAGGAAGACGUGGCAGAACCAGGAGUUCUGACCAGGUCAGAAGCACAGUCUGUUGACAGUGGCAGCUUGGUGGUGGAUCAGCACCAGGCCACACACACUGACAAUGGGGAGGUGGAGCGCCGAGUCAUCCAGCUCAAGAACCAGUUGAGCACACUCACCAGUGCCUUAGCCACAGUGACGCAGGAGAAGUCGCGCAUGGAGGCCAGCUUUCAGGCUGACAAACGCCAACUGAAGCAGGAGGUGGACGAACUUCAGGACCGCCUUACUGCUGUGACAACGCAGCAGGAGGCGGAGCUCCGUGGCCUCCAGCAGCAGUUGGCGGAGAGCCGUGUUCGUGUGAUAAUGCAGCAGCACGAGCGAGAGCAAGAGCAGAGCGACCAGUUGCAGCAGCUGCAGGAACUACAGAAGAUCCUGCAGCAGGAGCGAGACCUGCGACAAGACACUGAGCUCCGCCUCCACGAGGCCAACACGUCCUCGCAUGCUGUGGACCGCGAGUCUGAAUUUAUGGUCCACCUGAAACAGAUGAGAGAGGAGAGCGAUGAUCUGAGGAAAAAGUUGCAUGCAGCCAAGGAGGAACAGGAGAAACCAGAUCCCAGACUGGAGCAGCUGCAACAGGAGCUGAGCGAGCUGGAGAAGCGUCUCCAGGACCAGAUACACCAUGACACCCACAAGGCAAGUCAAGAGGAGGAGCGCACUCGUGAGCGUGCCCACGGCGCAGAGCUGCGGAUGGCCGGUCUGGAGCAGCGCGUGUCGGAGCUGUCGGAUCUUCUUGGUUCUUGUGAGAAGGCACGCCAGCGAGACCAGCAGGCGGCCCAGAAGCUUCGAGAACGGAUUGUGCAGCUGGACACAGAGAACAAAACGCUCGCCAUCGCUGCCUCCAGUAGGUCAGUGUACGACUCCAGCCUGGACGACUCCCAGCUGGAUGUGACAGCACUGAAAGAGAAACUGGAGAGGGUGAAGAAGUUACUGCUGGCGGCUCAAAGGAAUCCACACCAGACGCUCAACACCAAGACUGAUGGCGAGGCGGAACCUGGCGAAGACGCCGCCGUGUACCAGCAAGAGCUUCGGCAGCUGAAGGAUGAGUUUGAGCGUUACAAGAACAGAGCACAUGUGACGUCCAAGAGCAAAAACGCCAAAGAUGGCUGCCAGGCCCGAGAGCUGGAGGAAGUCCGCGAGCAACUGGUGGACCUGAGGGAGAAGUACAUCAACCUGCGCAUUGAGAGCGACAAGGCUGCCGCCGCACACCGCCAACAACUAGACCAACACCAGCAGCAUGUGGCGGCGCUGCUGCAUGGCCACAGACAGGAAGUGGAACGUAACGAGAUGGUGUACCGUGAAUCGCUGCUCAGUCUGGAGGCAGAGCUACACAAACAGAGGGAGAGAACGAUGGCGCUGCUAGGCGAAAAAGACCAGGAGUUGGAGCGUUUAAGAGCCGCGGCGCUGACCCACGCCUCCCUCGUACAAAGUACAGGCGUCGCCAGCAAGUUCGAGGAGAACGGUUAUGCAGACGAGGGCGAGACGGACGCUAUCGGCCAUGCACUGUGGCGCGCCAUGCCCACUGAGCCCACACUGCUGCUCUACGCUGAGCAGUUUGCCAGAAAGGAAGUGGAGGCUGGCUCCCUCAGGCGGCAGAAGUGCCAGCUGGAGGAGGACAUCCACCAGUUGCACGCCAAAAUUCUGGCCAACGCCGAACGCCACGACGAGGAGAGUCACAAGCUCCAAGCACAGCUGGACAAAUUGGUCCGUGACCAGAAGCGUGAGGGUUCCAACAUGGAGUACCUGAAGAACGUCAUCUUUAAGUUCCUGACCCUGCAGGACACCAGCGGGAGGCAGCAGACGCUCAACGCCAUCCUCAGCAUCCUUCAUUUCAGUGCACAGGAAAAACAUUCUGUCCUGAAGCAGCAGGGGGCGUCGUGGUGGAACAGCAACAGGAGAUGACAUCAUCACAAACAUAGAAGGUGACUAGCUGUAAAGCUGACUGAAGCACCGGGGAUGCAAUUCCACUUCAUGUCAAAAGUGACGUGUAUAUUGUGUUAAUCUGAUUCAAUGUUUUAAGAACUACCAAACAUUCCAAUAAAUCUUUAUGUCUCAAAGAUGAA